AUGACAACUCCCCCUGACGACAAAUCCUGCAAAGCCGAGAGUAGUGCCAAAGCGAGUCGCGGCUCUGGUAGUGUUGGGAUCAAUUCCCUUCCUGACGAAAAUUUGUUGGAUAUAUUUUCCUUUCUCUCGACUAAAGAGCACUUUUCUCAAUGCGCGUAUGUGUGCAGUAAUUGGAACCAAGUAACGAGAGGGAGACUCGCUCUCCACCCCUCUUUUACUUUAUUCGAAAAAUGGACAGACUUUAUAGAGCGGUCCAAUUUGGAAAUGGAUAAGGUGCUUUCUCUAACAAUCGAUGGAGUCGAACUUAUUGAAGAGCAAUGUGGUACCAUUUCCACCAAAUUGGUCAAUCUCACACAACUCGAUUUGUGUCGUAACAAAAUUAAACCCACCGUGGUGAAGGGCCUCUCUUCAUUGACCAAUCUCAAAAAACUCAAUUUGGGACACAAUGAAAUCGGAAAUGAUGGAGCAAAACAUGUUUCCUCAUUGACCCAUCUCACAGCACUCGAUUUGUUCGACAAUGGAAUUGGGCCCAAUGGAGCACAGCGCCUCUCCUCAUUGACCAAUCUCACCCAACUCAAUUUGGGCAACAAUGAAAUCGGUGAUGCUGGUGCUGAACACAUUUCCUCAUUGACCAAUCUCACUCAACUCAAUUUGAGAAUCACUAAAUUGGGGGCUAACGGAGUGAAAAGCCUCCGUGGAUUGAAGAAGCUCACAGAACUCGAUUUGAGUGGCAAUCAAAUUGGGUAUGAGGGUGUAAACAACCUCUCCGAAUUGAAGAAUCUCAAAAAACUCAAUUUGGGCAAUAAUCGAAUCACGGGUGAUGGAGCUGAAAGACUCUGUGGGUUGGAGAAUCUUACUGAACUCGAUCUAAGAGCAGAACACCUCUCUCAAUUGAAGAACCUCACUCAAAUCAAUUUAUGUCUCAAUCAAAUUGGACCCAACGGAGCGGAAAGACUCUGUGAAUUGACCAAUCUCACCCAACUCAAUUUGAGGAGUAAUCUAAUUGGAGCUAUUAAAGCAGAAAGCCUCUGUAAAUUGGAGAAUCUCACUCAACUCGAUUUGGGUUACAAUCGAAUCGAGGAUGAUGGAGCACAACGCCUAUCUAAAUUGAAGAAACUCACUCAACUCGAUUUGAGUGGCAAUCAAAUUGGGUCUAUUGGAGCACAAAGCCUCUCUGAAUUGACCAAUCUCACUCAUCUCGAUUUGAAUGGCAAUGGAAUCGAGGAUGGAGCACAACAUCUAUCUAAAUUGAAGAAACUCACUCGCCUCGGUUUGAAUGACAACAGAAUUGGAGAUGAUGGAGCGAAAUACCUCUCUGAAUUGAAUAAGCUGACACACCUCAGUUUAGAUAAUAAUGGAAUCGGAGAUACAGGGGCAGAAUGCCUCUCUAAACUGAAGAAUAUCACAUAUCUCAGUUUAGAUGAUAAUGAAAUCGAAACCGCUGGAAAAAAACACCUCCGUAAAUUGAUUCGAUGCGGUUUGUGUAGCAUCAGGACCGAGGAUGACACAGAGGAGGGUGACACAGAGGAGUAUGACACAGAGGAGUAUGAUACAGAGGAGGUUGUUAUCCCGACGCGUGUUAUCGAUGACGAUGUCAAGAGUGACGAUAGAGAGAGUGAUGAUAGUGAGGAUGGUUAUCUGCAUUAGUGUUGGAUCGGUAGGUAUUUGCUCGGUUGUUGACAUUUUCAUGAAUGCGCUAUGGAAUUGUAUAGAUCGACACUAUUGAAUAAUGCAACUUGUUUGAGAGAAUUUCCAUGGUGGAAUAGAGCCACAUUCGUUCCAGCAGUACAAUAAAUGAGCCAUCACAUAUC